CUGAAACCAAUAGUUGUAAUUGGCAGUCAGAAUAUGGGAUUCUUGAAAACAGAUUCAGCUGAAGCUCCUUGGCUGUUCAACUGGUUUUACUAAAGCCAACUGGGAUCGAAGUCGUCUACUGAAGGCAGUUAGCUUAUUGUAAGCUGAACUGCUAAACUGGCUACACGUGUCAAGCAGCGUUUGUUAAUUGAAUAACUACCUUGUUUGUAAGCGGAAAAUGUUUUGCCACCACUCAGCUGUAUAUAUCAGUAUAUAUAUACUGAUUUUGUUAACAUUUUGCAACGCUUUCCCAAAGGAAAUUAAGAAAUGUGCGUUUGGAGAUGAUAAAUGCAUGGUUGAUUCAAUAAACAACAUUAUCAAAAAUUAUCCAAAAGGAAUACCAGAAAUUGGCUUGAAACCAAUUGAUUUGGUCGAUGUUCCGGAUCUGAAACUUGUGUCAAAAAAUCAUGAAAAUGAAUUCUUUUAUGCAGACAUUAAUUUGACUAAUCAAGUUAAUUAUGGUUUCGAAAACACAACGAUUACAAGCGUUGAGGGUUUCACAGAAGAUCCAACAUCAACAAAUAUUAUAAUAUCUGGAAGCAUACCCAGUUUGGUGCAUAAGGGACUCUAUAUGGGAGACGGACGACUCUGGAUUAUAAAAGUGAAUUUGACCGGUGAAUCAACGUCCGAGUUUCAAAAAAUGGAUUUUACAUUGAAACUGAAAGUGUCACUGCAGUUUCGAAAUAAUAAACGAUACCUCAAAAUUCACGAGCUGAGUCCUACUGUCAGUUUAAAAAGGUGGAUAUUAUGGAUGGAUUCACUUUUUCCUGAUAACUCUGAUCUAACAAUCAGGCUGAAUCGUUUGUUCAACGAACGAUGGGUGGAGAUCUGGAAUGAAUGGGAACCGAUGAUAUUGGAUGCAUUUGCCGAAGUCUUUCUAAACCAGGUUAAGGACAUAUUCGAUAGAGUGCCCUACGAUGACAUGUUUCUGUCUAAUUGGUCUAAGACUCGUAAUUCAUAAUAGAUCUUGUUUUCAUGUACUAUAAGUAACUAUAAUAAGCUGAAUAAUAAGAAAUACUUUUCAGAUUGA